AGUCAGCGAGAGGGAUUGUUGGUGUCUUGCCUGCUCUUGUUAACCUCACGUCGCCUCGCACCCUCCUAUUGUGCACCUUUAUACCCUCCUAUAUAACCGGUAAGGAUCAACCAUGUCAGCCAAGGCGAUCAGAGAAGUGACGGGCAAGACUCUACUUAACAACAACCUGCCCUCAGGCGUAUGUGCCACCUGUCGCUUUGCUUCUGUCUGCCAGGACACCGAGUGGGAGGAUCUUGUUAACAACAACCCUUGGCUCAAAACUGAGAAGUUGGUAGUGAAACCUGACCAGCUCAUCAAGCGUCGUGGGAAACUGGGGCUGAUCAAGGUUGGAGCUGAUCUUGCUGCUGUCCAGGACUGGGUGAAUGAACGUAUGAACAAGGAACAGCAGGUUGGCAGAGCCGUGGGAAAACUUCGUAACUUCAUCAUUGAACCAUUCUUGCCUCAUGACCAGAGUGAUGAGGCCUAUGUUUGCAUCUACUCUCAUCGCCAUGGGGACACCAUUCUUUUCACACAUGAAGGAGGGGUGGACAUUGGUGAUGUUGAUACCAAGGCUCUUAAGCUUGAAGUGGGUAUUGAAGAAAAGCCAACAGAAGCUCAGAUUAAAGAGCAGCUACUUACACACAUUAAUGGCACUCGUAAAGACAAAGCUGCUUCAUUUAUCAAGGCGCUCUAUGAUCUGUACGUUGGCCUCUACUUCACAUACCUGGAGAUCAACCCACUCGUAAUUACCUCAAAAGAUGUAUACAUUUUGGAUUUAGCUGCCAAAUUAGAUGCCACUGCAGAGUUCAUGUGCAAGUCAAAAUGGGGUGAUAUAGAUUACCCACCUCCAUUUGGCCGAGAUGCUCUACCUGAGGAAGCCUUUAUAGCCGACCUGGAUUCUAAAAGUGGAGCUUCUCUCAAGCUGACUAUCCUCAAUGAGAGAGGUCGUAUAUGGACAAUGGUUGCUGGUGGAGGAGCAUCAGUCAUUUACUCUGACACUAUUUGUGAGUUAGGAGGGGCUGAAGAACUGGCCAACUAUGGUGAAUAUUCAGGAGCACCCUCAGAACAACAGACCUAUGAGUAUGCAAAGACCAUUCUUACACUCAUGACAAAAGAAAAGCAUCCUGAUGGAAAGGUUUGAUUAUUUGGCGGGGGCCUUCCCAAAUUUCCCACCAAUGUUGGAAACCCUUUUAAAGGGUUUGUACGACCCUUGCAACAGUUCCAAGCUAAGUUAGAAGGGGGGAAAAGUUACCCAAAAUUUGUUCGCCGUGCUGGACCCCAGUACUCGACUUUUUCCAGUGUUAUGCGGGAGGUGGGGAUGACACUGGGAAUUCCGGUCAAUGUUUUUGGAAAUGAGACCCACAUGACAGCAAUUGUGUCCAUGGCACUGGGAAAGCGGCCAAUCCCAAAGGAACCCACCGUUGAAAGUCAUACAGCUAAUUUCCUUCUUCCUGGUGGCCAAAUUACAGCAGGCCCUCCUGCAGAAAUCUCAUAUCUGAAGGAAAUGUUUCCAACAAGCAAAAAAUGGCAAUCCCCUCAAGCUGAACGUAAAAUGGAUUUUGCAACUCGUGCAGUGGCUGGGAAGAAUGACAUUGCUCAACUUUUUCAUAAUAGGACAAGAGCCAUUGUUUGGGGGAUGCAAACACGUGCUGUACAGGGCAUGUUGGACUUCGACUUCGUGUGUUCACGCUCUGAGCCAUCAGUAGCAGCCAUGGUGUACCCUUUUACUGGUGAUCAUAAGCAGAAGUUCUAUUGGGGACACAAAGAAAUACUUGUGCCAGUGUACAAGAGUAUGGCAGAUGCUAUGAAAAAGCAUUCAGAUGCAGAUGUUCUCAUAAAUUUUGCAUCCUUGCGUUCUGCAUUUGACUCAACUGUAGAAACUCUGGCUUUCCCACAAAUCCGCACCAUUGCUAUCAUUGCUGAAGGAAUACCGGAAAAUCUAACUAGAAUCCUGAUAAGGAAGGCUAAUGAAAAGGGAGUGUCUAUAAUUGGGCCAGCAACUGUGGGUGGUGUAAAACCAGGAUGCUUCAAGAUUGGCAAUACCGGAGGCAUGAUGGAUAACAUUCUUCACUCCAAACUCUACCGACCUGGAAGUGUUGCUUAUGUGUCACGAUCUGGUGGCAUGUCCAAUGAGCUCAACAAUAUCAUAUCUCAUAACACUGAUGGUGUCUAUGAAGGUGUGGCUAUUGGCGGUGAUCGCUAUCCUGGAACCACCUUCAUGGAUCAUCUUCUUCGCUAUCAUGACAACCCUGAGGUGAAGAUGCUUGUUCUCCUUGGUGAGGUGGGUGGUAUUGAAGAAUAUGAGGUGUGCCAGGCAUUGAAGGAGGAACGUAUUGUCAAACCCCUUGUUGCUUGGUGCAUUGGAACAUGUGCUGGUAUGUUUACUUCUGAGGUCCAGUUUGGUCAUGCUGGUGCAUGUGCUAAUGCUGACAGUGAGACAGCCAUAGCUAAGAACAAGGCCCUGUCUGAUUGUGGUGCACAUGUUCCACCCAGCUUUGAUGAACUUGGUGAGGAGAUCAAGAGAGUGUAUCAGGGUCUGCUACAAGAGGGUAUUAUUGUACCUAAGGAAGAAGUUCCUCCCCCAACUGUGCCAAUGGACUUCAACUGGGCCAGAGAACUGGGUUUAAUUCGUAAACCAGCUUCCUUCAUGACCUCUAUCAGUGAUGAACGAGGACAAGAGCUGAUGUAUGCUGGCAUGCCUAUAUCUGCUGUCUUGGAGCAAGGUCUUGGAAUUGGUGGGACUCUGUCACUGCUUUGGUUUCAACGACGUCUUCCUCCUUAUGCAACUACUUUCCUGGAAAUGUGUUUGAUGGUGACUGCUGACCAUGGUCCAGCAGUCUCUGGUGCACACAAUACUAUUGUUUGCACUCGAGCUGGAAAAGAUUUGGUGUCCUCACUGGUAUCUGGACUGUUGACUAUUGGGGAUCGCUUUGGUGGCGCUUUGGAUGGUGCAGCUCGUCAGUUCAGUGAAGCCUUUGAUAAAGGCCUGCUACCAAUGGAAUUUGUCAAUGACAUGCGUAAGAAAGGACAGCUCAUCAUGGGAAUUGGCCACAGAGUCAAGUCGCUGAAUAAUCCUGAUAAAAGAGUGGAAAUCAUCAAAAAAUUUGUGAAGACAGAAUUCCCUACAACUCCUCUUCUAGACUAUGCAUUGGAAGUUGAAAAAAUUACUACCAGCAAGAAACCAAAUCUCAUCUUGAAUGUAGAUGGUGUAAUAGGAGUUGCUUUUGUGGAUCUCUUGCGUAACUCUGGGUCUUUCACACCAGAAGAAUCUGAGGAAUACAUUAAUAUUGGCACCAUCAACGGACUGUUUGUUCUUGGUCGCUCAAUGGGUUUCAUUGGUCAUUACUUGGAUCAGAAGCGUCUGAAGCAGGGAUUGUACCGUCACCCAUGGGAUGAUAUCUCCUACGUAAUGCCAGAACACUAUGCUUCCUAAAUUAUCUUCACAAAUUUGAAAAUUGCAAAAAAACUUUCCCUUCUCUGGGUUGAAGUUUUCUUUGAAAAAGCUAUACUUGAUGUACAGUGUAUCAGUUUUUUAUUAUUAAAGCAUACGUAGUAUAUGUACUGUAUAUCGUAAAACAACUUUAAAAGCCAAACCAAAUUCCAGUACAUGUAUUGUGUAAGUUUGGCAACUUUAUUCUUCCUGCAUACCAGUAAUGGUUCUACACCUUGUAUAUGGAGAUCUAAGAACUUUACUGAUUUUAAUUGGGUUGAUAAGUAAUGUCUUCUUUUUUUAUGUUAUCUAGAAUAUUUUAUGUACAGUCAGUUAAGAAAUUAAAAGCUGCACAAAUGGAUACAGUAUUUCUAGUUAUAAAUAUUGAAGUUCCAAAUGUUAGAGUAAUUGGUAGCUCAUUAUUUUUUAUUAGUUUUUCUGUAAAUAAUUGACUGAGACUUUGAUACCCUUUGAUUUUUUGUAUUUUAAAUAAUUGUUUUUUAGCUAUUUUUAAAGGUAUUUUUGAUACGAUUUAUCAAGAACUUGUUAUUAAGGAAUAUUGGUUAUUGAUGUUCAGUUAUGAGUACUGUUAACAUGUGGCUCCUCUAAUUUUGUUUCAUGAAAUUUUCAUGUUUUUAAUUUCAUGGAUAACAGUACUUUAAUUAAAGGCAAGAAAUCCUAUGAGGUAUAGAUUCAAUUCAGCUGAAGGAAGAAAAAAUGAAAGACAAUAUAUUAAUGUUUACAUUUUAGUACAGUAGCGUUGUUGCUGAAAAGUGACGCUGAAAACCUUAGGUAGUACUGUAUUAUGUUUUAAUAUUUUAAGUCGUAGAGAUUGUACAAUUUGAUUUUAAACUUAGUAUAAGCACGUUGGGAUUGUACUGUCAUUGUACAUCAGUAUUAAGGUGAUAUGUCUGUGAACAGUGUGUAAUGCUUGCUCCUGAGUUUUUUAAUGUCAAAACUUAGUAUAUGUUGCUUCCUUAUUUUACCUAUUAACACUUGUAUCAACAUUACACUAUAAUUGAUGAAGCAAAGUCUUGAAGAUGUUUGGAUUUUCAUUGACUUUAUGCUGAUCUGAAUUAAGCAGCAUUACCUCAGUAUAUGUUCACAACUUUCUUUCGUUGAAUCCCAAGUUAAUUGAUGUUGCACAUACUAGUUAGGUCUGCACUCAAAUCCCUCCAGUCAGUGCUUUAAACAAAGUAUUAUUUUGUCUACAAAGACAUCUGUCUUUAUUAGUGUAAGAAUGUCAUCGAGAUGAAAUUUUAAAUUGUUUCAAAUAAUUUUUCUUUGCUGUAUUUAUGAAAUUGUUGUCAGCCUUAAAACGAGCGUUAUUCUUUUUUUGUACAUUUUAGCAUAAUUGGAAAAACUGUCUUUUACACUUUUCAGCAAGUGAUGAGCUUUGCACAUUAAUUUAUUAAUACACAUAUCAGUAAGAUUAAUUCAUUCACUGUGGCAUGUUAUAACUAAUGGACUUCUGAAAAACAAAUUUUAAAUUUGAAUUUUUAAUUUUAAUUUGUAAUUAGUGAAGUAAAUUUUCAUUGCGUAACAACUUGUACUUGAUUGGAGGUACGGUUGUUUAUGCAUUUAUUGGCCUUAGUAUAUAAUGUGAUUGUACUAAAACAGCCUAUAGAAGUCUCACAUUUGUGGUAAACAUCAUAAGAGAUUCAAAAGAUAUUUUCUAGAUGAUUGCCUUAUUUUCAUGUGUAAAGGAAUUUACACAAAACCAAUCUAUUGUAAAAGUGAUUAUUAUUAUUAGAGUCUAGCUACAGGAGGUCAUAUAAUAUUUAAUGGUGGGUGGUUUAAGAUUGUCAGCAUAAGUUUUUUGUCUAAUUUCCCAGUCCUGCUUUAGUGUAAAUGUAAAAAAUAAAAAUUGGUGUUGGAUUAAAGUCUUAAGUUUUAUAUUGACAUUUUAUCUUAAAUACAUUCCAUAUGUAUAUUGGUGUUAUGGUUGUGCUGGAAUUAAUGUAAUGUCAGGCAAAAUAAAAAAAAUUUAGUUUUGUAGGAA